UCUGCGCCCUUCCUAGGCAGUCUGAGAGCAACUGGAGGCCACACACAGCAGCAGUUCCUUGUUUUCCAGGUACUGAGGGCGGUAAACCCUAAUUCCAAACACAGGAAGCUUCUGAGAUCAAGGGGAACACAGGGCAGAGUGAGAGUUUCGGGAGACGCAUCACGAGCCAGAUUCUGCGGCCUGCAGGUGACAUGAUGCCUAAGAGAAGGCAGAAACUCUUCUGGGGGCCAGAGACUGAAAACAGUAAAAUACAGGUUAGGCAGGGGUCAGGCCCAGGGCAUGACCUGGAAGGUGCUCUGCAGCAGGGGGAAGGUCAAGGGUGGUCCAAGCAGACAAGAUGGCCACUCUUCCCACAUUCAGGGGCUCAACGCCAGAAGUCAUGGCCAGUGGGGACACUGUACCGAGGGACUGUUUGGUGCGGGCACUAGGCCAUGGGCUAUCACUUCGAAGCCCUGGCUGUAGAGAGCAUUCCCCACACAGCAAGCUGCAUGAGCUCCUGGCACAUUCGAGAUGAGGUCGCCAUUCUGCUCGAAACCUCCAAAGGAACCAUCUCCCUUCUGGGCCGUGGUCCCACGUCCAGCUCCUCCGUGCUGCCUCCUGUGACUCUGUCACCCUUGCUCAGCAUACCCCAGCCUCUGGUCUGCCCUCGGCCACCCCCGGGACUCUCCUCGGUGCCUCCGUGCUUGCCCCGGCCAUUGCUUCUCCCGGAACGCUCUCCUGGAAUGAGCGGGGCUUUCGUUUUCUAUCUCACGUAUGGUGCCUGCCACUUGGAAGGAUUGCUUCAUCCCAUCAGAUUUGGCCAGACAGCCUUUGAAAUCACAACGCUGUCGCAACAUAAGUCAGAAGCAGGAGGUCCUCUGUGUCCGGCCCCCCCAUGGUGCCCUGCCCAUGCGGGACCAGGUCUCCCUUCUCAGGCCAGCAGAGGCCGAGCUCUGUGGCACACACUCAGCACCACUUUCUGCCUCCACGCACAGCUUCCUCCGUGUGCCUCUGGGCUACACAGCAGGACUUGGAGCCCCAGACUGGCGGGGUCACCCAGAGGAAGGAGACUGACCAGCUGCAGGAGAGGCACUGGCUCUGCAGAGCUCCAUGCAAGGCCAGCAGCCUGGGCCCAGGAUCCCGGUCCAUACUGGGGACGGGGGCUUGGAGGCUGCCCCAGGUUUCUGAAUGCAAAGCUGCUGGGCCCGUCGGCUGCGCUCCAGAGCACCAACAGCACCUGUGGACACCAGGCCCAGCACAGCCAGAGACGUAUGCCAGGAUGCCCCUGCUCCAGCAGAUCUGCGGCUGCCUCCCCAGCCCACCUGGACACAUGGGGCCGGGGAAGGCUGACGUGGAGGCCGCCCUCCCACUGCUCCACCAUGAAGCUGCUGGCACUCACAGCACUGCUCCUCACUAUCUGCAGCCUCGAAGGGGCAUUGGUGCGGAGGCAGGCGGAAGAGCCGGGCCUGCCGAGCCUGUUCUCACAGUACUUUCAGAACCUGACUCAGUAUGGCAGGGAGCUGGCAGAGAAGGUCAAUGGCCAGCAGCUUCAGGCCCAGGCCAGGGGUUACUUGGAGAAGACACAGGAGAAGCUGACACCCCUGGUCAAGAAGGCUCAAAGUGACCUGGCGAAGUUGCUGGAUUACUUCACGGAAUUCAUACCACAGGUGGAUGCCCAGCCAACUGCAGCUGGUCCCUAGAGUGCCCCCUGGCUGGGCCUCCCCCCACCCCAUCCUCGUUUCUACAAUAAACAGGAACGGGAGUCCAGUCUGUGGUGAGCCU